AGCUGUGUCCAAUCACAGCUGAUCACUGAUGAUCAGUGUGCCCUGAUGAUCUGUGUAGCCCCAGCAGCGCCACCUGUCAGUGUCCAUCAGUGCCAGCUCUCAGUGCUCAUCCAUGCCACCUGCCAGUGCCCAUCAUUGCCACAUAAAUGCCACAUAUUAGUGCCCAUCUGAGCUGCCUUUCAGUGUCACCCAUCAGUGCCAGUCAGUGCCACCUAUCAAUGCCAAUAAGUGCCACCUAUCAGUGCCAGUCAGUGCCGCCUAUCAGUGUGCAUCAGUGCCGCCUAUCAGUGCCCAUCAGUGCUGCCUAUCAG